CCGACACCGUGGAUACUCGCAGCGGCCCGCACGGUCCGGGAGGCAGCCUCAGCCUGCUCGGCGAACAACCUCAGCGCGUCGCCAACAACAUUCGCGGCUUUUUUGCCACGCGCAUCGGCAGUGCGCUACCCGAUACAGGUUAAAACCGAUGGCACUGCGCUCCCCCCGCACCUAAGCAAAAACAAAAAAAGCGUACACGCAAAGAAUUCCGAAUAGAAUCAAAUCGGAAGUCGAAAGCUAGAAACAAAGUGGAUUUGUGCUUGUGACAAGCUCGAGCUUGAAGACGAGGUCAAAAUGGGGACGCGGAUACCAAUCAUCAACAUGGAGUGGGCUGAGUUCAAGGAGGUCUUCUGGGCGAAGGUGCAGGAACCGAGUGCACAACGUAAACUCAUCCUGGUCAUCGUUUCCAUUGCUUUGCUGUUGGAUAACAUGUUGUACAUGGUGAUCGUACCAAUCAUUCCGGAUUAUUUGAGGUAUAUUGGAGCGUAUACGGAUGACCCGUUACCGCUGCCGGGAAACGUGACGCUUCCGCCCGGCGCGCCGCGGAAGCACGACCACCACGGCCAAGAUUCCGCCACCGGGAUCCUCUUCGCAUCGAAGGCCAUCGUCCAACUGAUGGUGAACCCUUUUUCGGGGGCGCUCAUCGAUCGCAUCGGUUACGACAUCCCGAUGAUGAUCGGCCUCAUCAUCAUGUUCCUCUCGACGGCAGUGUUCGCGUGCGGCCGCAGCUACGGCCUCCUGUUCUUCGCGCGCAGUCUGCAGGGCGUCGGCUCGGCGUUCGCCGACACAGCCGGCCUGGCGAUGAUCGCCGACCGCUUCACCGAAGAGAACGAGCGCAGCAAAGCGCUGGGCAUCGCGUUGGCAUUCAUCAGUUUCGGUUGUCUAGUCGCGCCGCCAUUCGGAGGAGCCCUUUAUCAAUUCGCCGGCAAGGAGAUGCCUUUCCUUAUUCUCGCCUUCGUCUCCCUGCUGGACGGUUUCAUGCUGCUCCUGGUGAUGAAGCCUAUAUCUCAACAGAUCAAAGAAUCACAAAUGGUCAAGCCUCCUUCGGUGCCCAUCUGGAGGCUGUUGAUGGAUCCCUACAUCGCGUGCUGCGCUGGGGCGCUGACCAUGUCCAACGUGGCCCUGGCAUUUUUGGAACCAACGAUUUCGCUAUGGAUGGAAGACAAUAUGACCACGGACAAUUGGAAGAUUGGUAUGAUUUGGCUGCCGGCGUUUUUCCCGCACGUUUUUGGCGUCAUUUUAACCGUAAAAAUGGCGAAAAAGUAUCCGCAGCAUCAAUGGUUGAUGGCAGCUGGCGGGUUGGCGUUGGAAGGCAUGUGCUGCUUCCUUAUCCCAUUUUCCAGCUCGUACAAAGUGCUCAUGAUACCCAUUUGCGGGAUAUGCUUUGGUAUAGCCCUCAUCGACACAGCACUACUACCCACUUUGGGAUACCUCGUCGACGUGCGUUACGUAAGCAUCUACGGCAGCAUCUACGCCAUCGCAGACAUCUCCUAUUCAGUAGCAUACGCCGUGGGACCCAUCAUCGCCGGCGGCGUGGUCGAAGCCAUCGGUUUCACAGCGCUAAACAUCGGUAUCGCUUUCUCCAAUCUAAUGUACGCUCCAGUGUUGUACUACCUUCGCAACAUCUACGACUUCAAACCAUUCGAAAACGAAGCGAAUAUCCUCAUGGCAGACCCGCCCAACAAGGAAUACCAAACUUAUACAAUGCAGGAUCAAAAACCAGUCGGCGAAGAUAUACAAAAUCAUUUGGAGUACCGCCAACAGGAAACAUCGCUAGACGCCAACGAAGUGAACGGAUACAACUACAGCUACCAACAAGGCGGCGGGUAUCAACAGCAAGAUCAAUACCAACAAGACUAUCAACAACAAGGAGGCGGUGGUUAUCAACAGCAAGGCGGUGGACGAGCACUGCCCCAGCAACCCGAACAAAACGCCAACCCAGCCAAUCCAUUCAGGCAACAAGAACCACAACAGAUGCAACAACCCAGCGGGCCGACGGUGCGUAAUCCCUUCAGGCAAGGCUUCUAAGCAUCCAGACCUCAACACAGUGAAACAAAAAUAGUGCUUCUUAAAUAACAAUUCUAAUAACCAAAAAUGUGUUAAGUUAUUAUCUUUAAUUCUAUUCAAUUUUAAAUCUUCAAAGUGUACAUAAAUUGAUAUCAUCACACCGGUUGUUCCUUCAAUUUCAAGAAAACUACACCAACGCAUGGAAAGAAGAAAUGGCACUGUAAAUAUUUUUAAGUUUGUUGACGCAACAAAUUUUACGAGUGUUAAUUUUGCAAAGGAUUUUAACAAGUGAGGUUUAACGCUUCUGUUUAAUUACUUGAUUUUAGUUUUUGUUUUGUUACUUUUUACUAUAAGCAUAGUGAGUAAGUCUAGUAACUAAGCAUAUCCUUAAAAUAUAUAUCAAUCUCGACGCAGAAUCGACUCUUCUGCGCUCAACAUAUCAACCGAGUGGCAGGGAUCGACGCCGAGAGAAAUAUAUAUCAACUGAGAUCGCAUACAUAUCAGAGCCGCUAACGCGCUGUGGCGCGGCGAGUGUGUGCGCUAUUGCGCAUGCGCACACGCGUCACUCGCGGGCUCGCUUGUUAUCGAAACAUAUCAUAAGUGUACAAGGUGAUAGGCCCUUUGAUUGGCCACAAAACAUAGGAUCAUAGGCAUAUUUUAGCAAAAAAAUUACACUAAAUAAACAAAGCGUUAAAUAUUUAUAACAAACAUAUAUAAAUAUUUAAUGUACGCGUUUAACGAAGAAAUAUUAAAUAUAAAUGAAUCUAUUUACGGACAUAUCUAUAUAUAUACAUAUAUAAAUAUAUACAUAAAAUAUAUAUAAAUGAUUUAAUUUCAUUUAUAGAAAAUAACUUAUAGGUUAGGUUAGGUUAAGUCGACGAUGUUAAGUGUUACAAAAUGUUAUUCCUUUACGAUUUACGCGAUAUCAAAUGUUAGUUGAUUGUUUUCGUUGUUUUAGUGGAGAAAAUUUGACGCAGUGUCAAAAUAAACAAUUUUUCGGUUUUUUUUCAGUGCGUUUUUCUCUCGACUCGAUAGUGUGUCAAUUUUCAUAGGAUGUAUAAUUAUAUUACGGUAGAUGUUUAAAGAAACCAAGAAAACAAAAAACAAAAAUAUGUAAACCGUUUCUAAAUUUAAAACUAACCUAGAAGCAACAUUUUGAUCAUCCUUGGCGUAUAUUUAUAUACAGUAUGGUCGAAGAUUAUUCGAAUUAAUUUUUGCUUUGAAUAACAAACGAAUGCAUUCAGUUGAAAGGUUGAAAUCUCCGGAAAAUGCUCACUGUAUAGUUGUUGUUACUAAUGUUUAGGUACAAUUAGGUACACACAACACGGGUAGACAAAAACUACCCCUAAAGUUAAGUGUAAUUAAAAACAAUAAAACAAAACGCGUAUAAGUGUGAGUAUGUAAUGAACAUCAUCACACAUUAUACUCUAUAACCGCUUGCUUCUAUUUUGCAAAGUUUAAUUAUUGUAAUGUAUGCAAUGUAUGCAACCCAAAUUGAUUGAAUACUUUUGAGUUGUUUUUGUGUGUAUGCUUCUUUCAGUGUUUUACUCGUUUGCGACGUGCAAUACACAGCGUUAGUGUUAUUUCUAAAUGAACAAAAUAUUUAAAAGACGGCGCCCUGUACUUCAAUAUUAAUUCAUUAAGAUGAUUAACAUAUUAUAAAAAAUCAGAAAUACAAUUACUUAUAUUACAAAUGUAUUUGUUAUUCGGUAGAAAACAAAUGAAACAAGAAAAUAAUAAAAAAAAAACGAAACGAAGAUAUUAAUUAAAACUAAUGUAAAAACAAAACAAAACAAGAAAACGCGGACAUGUUUAUAGAUGCUCCACAUUGUUCCUGAUUGCAUUGCGUAAUUAUGUGAUUAAUGUCUGAAUGUAAUGAUGAAUGUAUAUGGAAUGCUUGAAUUGAAUUGAGUGUCUGUUGACUAUUUCUAAUUCUUCUACACGUAAAUCUAACCUCUAAACUGUUUAUGUAGCUGUGUUUAAGAUAGGCAACCAGUUAUACUCUACAUGCUUCGUCUACUAUGAUUUGCGAAUGCUAUCGAUGUAUUUUUCACUGUUCGUCAGUUGUUUCACUGUUAUUAUAUCCACUAGUGUACAAAGUUGUAAAUUAUAACCUACAAAAUGAAACAGUUAGCCUUCUGAAUACUCAUUACAAAUAAAAAACAAAUUCUCUGGAUAUCUAUAAGCAGUUAUCGAGUAACUUUACAUAAUAAUUAUAUUAAAUAAACUAAAAUACAAGUAAUUUACGCGUAAUACAUACAAUUAGGUGUUUAUAAGUGUACAGUCGUGUAAAAUCAGCUAGAUGUAAGGUUGACAUAACCUCAAACAAGCUCUUCUCUAAUGUCGCACACUGACACUCAAUGAAGCAAUAAUAUUUGCUUUUUUUUUCUUUGUUAUUUUUCCCUGAUUAUUAAAUAUUAAUAAUAAAUUCGUUGAUUUGUAAUGGAGGAGAGUGAAUAGUCGAAAAUAAAUGCCUUUCGUUUUGAUCUUGUUUGACGAGCAGUCGUCGUAAGUGAAACCCGCACACAUCGAAUAUUAUCUCUAACGUUUAAGGCGUUUAAAUAGACUCUACUCUAGGACCUAUGACAUAAGCGUAAUUAUUUCAAUGAUUUGCGUUCGUUUCGGACAAGUGGUGCCUAUUCUCAGAAGUCUAGCAAAACGUGCAUACAGCCGAUUGACAGUUUAGUUAAAAUACAAAAUAUUAGUAACAAUAUAGAUGAAAUGGUGAAACAAAUGCGAACACAGUGUAAUUAAUAAUAAGUGAAGUGUAUUUACUGUAAAAUUAUUGUAAAAUCUACUCACGCAACUACAGAAAAUAGAUUUUGUUAAAAUGAGGUUAUGAUUGUAUAAUUUUGACAGAUGACAGUUGUCGAUGUCUAUUUCUUCCAAGAUUAACAAUCGUCUACGUGUGUUUCUGUACAAAGCGACUUUAACACUGGAUUUUAUUUUUCGAUGUAGAGAUGGAUUCAAAUAUUCAAAUAUCAAAUGUCAAAACAAGUGUCUACAGAAUUCUGAAUUCGAAACGAAACGAAACAUAUCGACAUCACUUCUAGCCAAAUGAGAUUCACAAGCAAUUUGAAACAAUUAAUUAAAAAUUAUGUAAACCACUGAGGAAAUUAAAUAAAUUCAAAUUCAACAAGAAUGAUGAAUAAAAAGUUAAGAAAAAUGGUAAUUUAAAUGAAAUGUAAAAACAAAAAUUGCUAAAAAUUAAAAAUUGAAACAAAACGUAAAAGAAAAAUAUUAGAAUGUUGUUGUUGUAUAUCUAUAUACAUAUAUAAAUAAAGACAAUGAUAAAAUU